CCCUUUACUCUCUUUCUCUUUCUCUCUCUCUUACCACCACCUCCACUAGACGCCAUAAUAACCAAACACCGAGUUAUGGAGAAACACCACUGAAGAAAGGUUGACCUAAUGUCGGGUUGUUUUUUUUUGCCUGCCAGUGUUUCUUUCGUCGUUAAAAAAAAAACUAAGAAAAAAAAGAACACACCACGCCGUGUUUCAGUGUCUUAAUGGGUAUCAGUCUGUUUUAAAAUGCCGGAAAGCCGUCGAUGCAGUUGAAAAUUAUUCGACUUCGUCGUCUGAGUUUGUCCUAAAAAAGAAAAAAAAAAAGAAACACACACACACACACACACACCAAGAAAAAGGCCAAAACCCCCUGAAGAAGAAAACACCACCAACAACAACAACAAAAGGCCAAACAACACAAAAACAAAACAGAAAGAAAGAGAGAGAGAGAGAGAGAAAGAAAGAAAGAAAUAGAGAGAGAGAGAGUGAGAGAGAGAAAGCUCUAAAGAAAAAAGAAAAAGAAAGAAAACAAGAAGCUUAUAAUACCGAGUCUCUUCCCCCCCCCCAGAUUUUUUGUUUAAGUCUUUAUAAAACUACGUAGGAGCAAAGACAAGUAAAGCAGGAUAUGGGGACCAAAGGCCCUAUUCCUCGCGAUAAGAUCACAAUACGACUAAUAUUAGUCAGUGGGAAAACAAAAGAGUUUAUAUUUUCUCCUAAUGAUUCAGCUGCUGACAUUACAGAAUAUGUUUAUAGUAAUUGGCCAGAAGAUUGGGCAGAUGAGGCUUUGCCAUCUACAAAUAUUUUGAGGUUGAUUUACCAAGGACGGUUUCUUCAUGGAAAUGUAACCCUUGGAGCUCUUCAGCUCCCACUUGGGAAGACUGUGAUGCAUCUAGUAGCAAGAGAAAACUUACCUGAACCAAAUAACCAGGGACAAUUGAAAAAGGAUAAAAAUGGAGAAAGUGCAUGUAGUAACUGUUGUAUUAUACUUUGACCAAACCAUAUUGGUUGGUAAAAAAACUGGAAAAAUGAAAAAAGUCAUCAUUGACUUAUUAGCACCAGCUUGGUUAGUCAGGGACUGGGGAUGAUAUUCAUUUUUCUUAUUGGAAUACACUAUCACCAUACACCAGAAAUCAAAAAGCAAGGAACUGCAUGAAGAAACAUUUAAAUUGUGAAAGCAAGCAUAUCUGAUGACUGAGAAUACUUUAGUUAUUCAAAUUCUUCGUUCUCCCGAACUUGUGACUCUUAUGAACACAUUCUUUCCAAGACAAAAAAAAAAAACAAAAACAAAAGAAAAGGAUUUAGUUUUCUGUGAAGAACCAGCAUUGAUGUAUUUGUAUCGCCUCAUGAUAGAAGGGCAUGAUGGAAAUACGGGAAGUGUGGUGACUGAGAA